UUGCCGAAGCAUCAGAGCUGGAAGGCAUCGGCUCCAGGCAGGGAGGAAAAGUCAAACCUGCUGAAGGAAAACCAAAACACGAGUUCAAAUCAAUAAAACCUGCUUCCACAGAAAGAUCAUGACCUUCGACCACAACCACUCGCUGGACUUCCUGAACGGCACGCCGUGGUUCAUCUAUGAGUGCACCAUCGAGCUGGACGCCAACUACAGGCGCAUCGCCCUCUUCCUCAUCUACCUGUUCAUCUUCAUGGUGGGCCUGCUGGAGAACCUGCUGGUCGUCUGGGUCAACUGGCGGCGCCGCCACUCCGCCAGCGGCGUCCUCUUCUGCAUAAUCAACGUGAGUCUGUCGGACCUGAUGGUGAUCGUUAUCCAGCCAUUCUUCAUGAUGGAGGUGACCCUGGACAAGGUCUGGCUGUGGGGCAGCUUCCUCUGCAAAGUCACCAACCUCAUCUACGUGGUCAACUUCUACAGCAGCUCCUUCUUCCUGGCCUUGAUGACCUUGGAGCGCUACCUGGCGCUGACCAGACCAUCGCUGCCCACCCUGCUCCCCGUCGUCGGCCGCCAGCGGUGGCUCAUCUGCGCCGGUCUGUGGCUGCUGUCGCUGCUAUUGGCCCUGUUGGAGAACGUCCAUGUGGAUAUCCUAGAGUGGGACGAACCGGGCUGCUACAUGCUGCCUGAGCACAACUUCACCGAGUGGUUCGUCUCCGUCGCCUUCCUCUGUACGAUCUUCCAGUUCAUUGGCCCGGCGGCCAUCAUCAUCACCUGCAACGUCUUGAUCGCCCGGGCGGUCAGGACCGCCCCGGACGUGGAGGGCCGGAGGGACGUCUGGUUGGUCCACGUGUAUUCGCUGGUGUUCGUCGCCUGCUGGUUGCCCUACCACCUGGUCAUGUUGCUGAUGAUCAUUGACGAUCUCGACCCCUUCAUGUUCAGCUGCAACGUGGUGGAAGCCCUCUACUUCUCCUUCAUUGUGGUGCAGGGUCUCUCGCUUUUCCACUGCGUGGCCAAUCCGCUCCUCUACAACUUCCUGAGCAAGAGCUUUCGCCGCAAUCUGAUCAACACCGUCAUAAGCUACAUCCCCAAAGACGAAAUGGCGAAACAGGUGGAAGUGGGGCCGAAGCCCAACACUCCCAAUGGGGGCAAAGAAGACCCGGGGAGGCAGAGGAAGAUGAGUAACGCGAGCACCAGCCAGUCUGACGUCGGGUCAUAAGAAAAAGAUCAUCAGGAGUCAGACAUUUUGAGUUAUUUCAGCAAAAUCUGGACUUUGGCGUUUAGCAGAGGCAACUAAUGGACACAACUUCCUCUCAUAUCCCACUUCCUGCUUACUAUCCGUGCAUGAAUGUCAUCAGUUUUAAGUAGAGCAGGGCAGGAAAUAUUUGUUUUUCCUGCAAAGCUGCUCAGCUCCCACAGGACCCUGAGCCAAUGUCUGUAAUCUUCCAACACAAGAGGAAGAAUAUUGCCACACCAGGAAUGUGUGUAAACAACACAUCUGAGGAGUCAGACACCUUGUGAGAUUCUAAACUGAAAAACAAAAAAAUACAGCUGUUUAUUUGCAGAUAAAAUCAGGGCAUACAUCACUAUAUGGUUAUUUAACAUUUCUGAUGUGGUAAUGAUCUGUGUAUAUGGAAUAAAAAACACUUUAAACAUC